AUGGCUGAAACCUCUGUUCGCCCAGUGACUGUGGCACCGGGCUCGGCGUUGCCCAUCCGAGGGGCCAAGAUCGAUAUUCCCCUUGCCUCAGCCUCCAUCCAAAACAUGCCGCCGCCCUCGCAAGCACAGCUCGCGGUUCCAAUCACAAGCCCAGUCAAUCAAAACGGCAGCUUCGAAUUUGACCGAGUAAUCAAGGCUGGCUAUGUCCAGCGUCGCACACAGAAGACCAAAGCCUGGAAGACUGUAUACCUUGUUCUCCGACCGAAUACGUUGUCCAUCUACAAGUCAGAUUCGGAAAGCAAGCUCCGCCACAAGAUCUAUCUGACAGAUCUUUCCGCUGUUACAAUGCUCCGAGAUCCCAAACAAAAAAGACAGAACCUAUUUGGCCUCUACUCACCUGCAAAGAACUACCACUUUGAAGCCAGGACUGCCGCAGAUGCUCAAGAAUGGAUCGAUCUAAUACGGCAGGACGCACGCAUUGAGGAGGAGGAAGAAGAAAUGUUUCUCGCGAGUCCCAUUGUUCGACGUCAGUCUUUUGCGCCAACAAGCAUGCUCGCUGGGGGGUCUGAAAACACGCCUCCUCAGCGCCCCGAGUUCGAUCGCUUCGCAUCAAGCUCUCCCGAACCUCUUGAGGCGAGGAGGCCGAAUCUUGCACCACACUCGGCUCGCCGCGCAUCCCAUCCACUAGAGCCCAGCGGCAUGUCUGGCACCGAAAUGGCAUCACAUUCUGAUUUCUCGGAUGCAGAGGCACAGCGUAUGUUUGGCGCCUCUGCGGAGAAUCUGGCAGUGGGCUCUUUCUCCACGUCUGGCAUCCGGCUGGAUCCAGGCUCACUCAAUCGACCUGUUCUCGGGAAUAGGAACUUGAGCCAGGUUAGUGGGCUCAACGGCGAUCAAGACCCCGACAGAGUCGUUUGGCAAGGCUGGCUAUGGUUUCUCAAGGGCAAGCGCGGCGUACGGCAAUGGAAGGAUUGCUGGGCUGUCCUGCGACCUCGGAACCUCAUUCUCUACAAAGACGAAUCCGAGUACACGGCAUAUUUCAUUCUACCUCUCUCGGUUAUAGUCAACACUGUUGACAUCGAUCCCGUGAGCAAGACAAAGACACACUGCAUGCAGAUCAUCACCGACGAGAAAAGCUAUCGGCUCUGUGCUCAUGAGGAAGAGAGCCUUGUUCAAUGUCUCGGUGCAUUCAAGAGCAUACUCAACAAGAGGAAGGAGCUGGAAGCGCGUGCCGCUGCGACGGCAGCCACAUCAGCUGCGCCGACGACAUAA